CCUGCCCCUGCCCUGGCUGCUGAUGUGAUGAGUAACAUGACAGCACCCAGUACCCCAAGGGCUGCCAGUGACUCCCUGGUGGGCUACGUGCUUGGCCCCUUCUUCCUCAUCACCCUAGUAGGGGUUGUGGUGGCUGUGAUGAUGCACAUCCAGAAGAAGAAAUGGGUGGACAGUCUCCGGCACCAUCUGCUGCCCAUGUACAGUUAUGACCCAGCUGAAGAACUGCAUGAAGCUGAGCAGGAGUUGCUAUGUGAGGUGGGGGAUCCCAAAGUGGUCCAUGGUUGGCACAGUAGCUACCAACAUAAACGGAUGCCCCUGCUAGAUGUGAAGACAUAA